UCCGCGGGCGGGCGGCGCGGGGCGGCGAGGUGCUGCCGCCGCCGCCUCCCCUCUCCUCAGGCGCUGCCGGCGCGGAGCGGAGCGGGCCGGGCCGGGCCAGCCCGGGCCCGGCCGCCCGCUGCCACCACCACCACCACCAUACCUCCCCUUCCUUCCCGCUGCCGCCGCCCCCCAGCCGCCACCAUGCAGGAGCUCAUCGCCAGCGUGGACCACAUCAAGUUCGACCUGGAACUGGCUGUGGAGCAGCAGCUGGGGGCGCAGCCGCUCCCCUUCCCCGGCAUGGACAAAUCAGGCGCAGCUGUCUGUGAAUUUUUUUUAAAAGCGGCCUGUGGAAAAGGAGGCAUGUGCCCGUUUCGACACAUCAGUGGGGAAAAGACAGUUGUUUGUAAACACUGGCUACGAGGACUGUGCAAAAAGGGAGACCAGUGCGAGUUUCUGCAUGAAUACGACAUGACCAAGAUGCCUGAGUGUUACUUCUACUCCAAAUUUGGGGAAUGCAGUAACAAAGAAUGUCCAUUCUUGCACAUUGACCCGGAAUCUAAGAUCAAAGACUGUCCCUGGUAUGACAGAGGCUUCUGUAAACAUGGUCCCCUCUGCAGACACCGGCACACUCGAAGAGUCAUUUGUGUGAAUUACCUAGUAGGAUUCUGUCCAGAGGGACCUACCUGUAAAUUCAUGCACCCUCGGUUUGAACUGCCAAUGGGAACCACAGAGCAACCACCACUGCCUCAACCGACACAAACACAGCAAAAGAGAACACCCCAAGUCAUUGGAGUCAUGCAGUCUCAAAAUAACAACACUGGGAACAGAGGACCCCGGCCGUUGGAGCAGGUCACCUGCUACAAGUGUGGUGAAAAAGGUCAUUAUGCCAACAGAUGCACCAAAGGACAUCUGGCCUUUCUCAGUGGACAGUGAAAGAGCAGAACGAAGAGUGCAAGGGAGCUAUUGACACUGAGAAAAGGUUUCUGCCUAGCACUAUGUCUUGAACUAUUAAUCAGGUUGUUUUUUAAUGCCAUUACUGAAAGAACUGGUCAGAGGCUGGCUGCUGCUAAGCAACAUUUUUGUAAUUGUCCACAACUUUUUUUUAUGUUUUAACCUUUUUAAAAUAGAUUUUGGCCUCCGCCUGUUUUCAUUGAGCCCUGCUGAAAGGUAGAUCUAAAAGCAAAUAGAUAUGCAAACCCCUCAUUGGUGCAGCACUCUGCAUAAACGCAUCUUACGCCAGUGUUUCUUUAAAGUGUUUCCCUUUUGCCACUUCUCUUUGGAGAACCUGCAGCAUUUCAGCCCUCCCUGUGGAAGCAGGAAAACUAAUACUUGAAAUGCAUUCCCUUCAGUGAGGAAGCAGAGAUUCUGCUGUCCUGUAGCUCUUCAAAAGCAAAGUCGUGUUCCCAGGUCCAGCCUGUCGUAGGCGGUAAGCUUGUCCUGGUGGCUGACUUGACUUAACGCACCAUGUACAUCAGGCUGUAAAACUCUCGUCCACUUGCUUUGUUUCUGUGCUUCUUGCUAUACUGAAGGUUCGAAAUUAAUCUUCUGGGUGAGAACCGAUCAAGGGGAGAGUAAAUUGGCAUCUCUAUGGUUAGCCAAACAAUGAGGAAGAGUGAUUGUAGGAAAGCUGCAUCUGUGCUCAUUUUCCGUUUGCAAAAAGCAAGGAGGGAAAUGAACGUGGCUUGAAGAAUAGGAAUAGAAGAGCCUUGUCUCAGCCCCCAUCAUCCAGCUCACACUGAGCAGGUAUUUCCAUAGCCUAGGGAAGACCAAGAAGUGGAGAUGUGUAUUCUUGUGGAACACUGCUUUUAAAAGUGGUAGAGCAUUCUUCUGAGAACAAUUUUUGCAAGCCAAAACCCAUUCAUUUUGUGAGACGACUAUUUCAAAAGGGCCAAUGAUAAAAUGUGAAUUAAAAAAAAAAAUUGCACCUACAAUGUGAGCCUUAUUGAUUAUAACCCAUCUCUCAUUUGCUGACUGCCUUUAUACUUUGUUUUUAUUGAAAUGUACUGAUGGAAAAAGCUGGCUGUGAAUUUAUUUUUGUUUAAGACCAAGGUAACAUGACA